AUGAUCAUGUGGCAGCCGAUCGCCUCAUCCGAAGCGGACAUUCGAGUGACCGGAGGUAUUAUUAAUGGCGAUUUAUUAAACGGCGUUGAGGAGAAGAGCGUUUUUGACUCAGUCGUUCGACCGGUGCUGAUGAACGAGUUCGAUCGCUCAGUGAUCCGUUAUGUGUUUAAGCUGUUCUGCUCGAGUUGGUACGAAUCCGGCGUCGUCGUCGCGUGA